AUGAAGUGCUUUCUCCCGGUGCUGAGCUGUCUGGCUGUGCUGGGUGUUGUGACAGCACAGCGGCAGGUCGCGGUGCAGGAAGGUCCCCUGUACCGCACGGAGGGCUCCCACAUCACCAUCUGGUGCAACGUGAGCGGCUACCAGGGGGCUUCGGAGCAGAAUUUCCAGUGGUCCAUCUACCUGCCCUCGGCCCCGGAGCGCGAGGUCCAGAUCGUCAGCACCGUGGACCCCUCCUUCCCUUACGCCAUCUACACCCAGCGCGUGCGCAGUGGGAAGAUCUACGUGGAGAGGAUCCAGGGGAACUCGGCCCUGCUGCACAUCACCGACCUCCAGGCCCGGGAUGCCGGCGAGUACGAAUGCUUCACGCCCAACACCGAUGAGCGGUACUUCGGGAGCUACAGCGCCAAGAUGAACCUCGUGGUGAUCCCAGACUCCCUGCAGACCACAGCCGUGCCCCAGACGCUGCACAAGGUGGAGCAGGACCCCCUGGAGCUCACGUGCGAGGUGGCCACCGAGACGGUCCAGCACAGCCACGUGUCUGUGGCCUGGCUCCGGCAGAGAGGCAGCGAAAGGCCCGUGGAGGUCAUUGCCCUGAGCCGAGACUUCGUGCUCCACUCCAGCAGCGAGUACGCCCAGCGGCAGAGCCUGGGGGAGGUGCGGCUGGACAAGCUGGGGAGCAGCACCUUCCGCCUCACCGUCUUCCACCUGCAGCCGUCCGACCAGGGCGAGUUCUACUGCGAGGCCGCCGAGUGGAUCCAGGAUCCCGACGGCUCGUGGUACGCCAUGACCCGGAAGCGCUCCCAGGGCACCGUGGUCACCGUCCAGCCCACAGACAAGGAGUUCACGGUGCGGCUGGAGACGGAGAAGCGCCUGUACACCACGGGCGAGCCGGCCGAGUUCCGCUGCAUCCUGGAGGCGCAGAACAUCCCCGACCGCUACUUCGCCGUCUCCUGGGCCUUCAACAGCUCGCUCAUCGCCAGCAUGGGCCCGAACGCCGUGCCCGUCCUCAACAGCGAGUUCGCCCACCGGGAGGCGAGGGGGCAGCUCAAGGUGGCCAAGGAGGGCGACGGCGUCUUUGUGCUGAAGAUCUUCCACCUCCGCCAGGACGACAGCGGCAAGUACAACUGCCGCGUGACCGAGCGCGAGAAGACCGUCACCGGGGAGUUCAUCGACAAGGACAGCAAGCGCCCCAAGAACAUCCCCAUCAUCGUCCUCCCCAUCACAGAUGACUGGGUAGUUAAAGUCCCCCAGAACCACCAGAUCCUGCCCCAAGGCCACUUGGAGAGCAGCUUCUCCGUGGAGGUGGCCGGCAACGCCAGCGUGGUCCUCGAGGGCGAGCACCUGCGCUUCUCCUGCAGCGUCCGCACGGCGGGCAGGCCCCAGGGCCGCUUCUCCGUCGUCUGGCAGCUCGUGGACAGGCUCAACCGCCGCAGCAACAUCAUGUGGCUGGACCGGGACGGCACCGUGCAGCCCGGCGCGUCCUACUGGGAGCGCAGCAGCUUCGGGGGCGUGCAGAUGGAGCAGGUGCAGCCCAGCUCCUUCAGCCUGGCCAUCUUCCACAGCAGGAAGGAGGACGAGGGCCAGUACGAGUGCCACGUGACUGAGUGGGUGCGGGCCGUGGACGGCGAGUGGCAGGUCGUGGGAGAGCGCUGGGCCAGCACCCCCGUCGCCAUCACGGCUCUCGAAACGGGCUUCGCGGUCACCGCCAUCUCCCGCACGCCGGGGGUCACCUACAGCGACUCCUUCGACCUGCAGUGCAUCAUCAAACCCCACUACCGGGCCCGCGUCCCUGUGUCGGUGACCUGGCGGUUCCAGCCGGUGGGCACCGUUGAGUUCCACGACCUGGUGACCUUCACCCGGGACGGAGGGGUGCAGUGGGGGGACAGGUCCUCCAGCUUCCGCACCCGCACGGCCAUCGAGAAGGUGGAGUCCAGCAACAACGUCCGCCUGAGCAUCAGCCGAGCCAGCGACACGGAGGCGGGCAAGUACCAGUGCGUGGCGGAGCUGUGGCGGCAGAACUACAACAACUCCUGGACGCGGCUGGCCGAGCGGACCUCCAACCUGCUGGAGAUCAGGGUGCUGCAGCCAGUGACCAAGCUGCAGGUGAGCAAGUCCAAGAGGACCCUGACGCUGGUGGAGAACAGGCCCAUCCAGCUGAACUGCUCCGUCAAGUCCCAGACCAGCCAGAACUCCCACUUCGCUGUGCUCUGGUACGUGCACAAGCCCUCGGACGCCGACGGCAAGCUCAUCCUCAAGACCACGCACACCUCCACCUUCGAGUACGGCACCUACGCCGAGGAGGAGGGCCUGAGGCCCAGGCUGCAGUUCGAGAGGCACGCGUCCGGGGGCCUGUUCAGCCUCACCGUCCAGAGGGCCGAGGUCAGCGACAGCGGCAGCUACUACUGCCACGUGGAGGAGUGGCUGCUGAGCCCCAACUUCGCUUGGUACAAGCUGGCGGAGGAGGUUUCGGGGCGCACAGAGGUCACGGUGAAGCAGCCAGACAGCCGCCUGAGGCUCCGCCAGGUGCAGGGGAACCUGUCGGUCCUGGAGACGCGGCAGGUGCAGCUGGAGUGCGUGGUCCUGAACCGCACCAGCCCGGCCUCCCAGCUCGCGGUGGAGUGGUUCGUGUGGAAGCCCAACCACCCGGAGCGGGAGGCCGUGGCCCGCCUGAGCCGCGACGCCACCUUCCGCUACGGGGAGCAGGCGGCCAAGAACAACCUGAAGGGGCGGCUGCACCUGGAGAGCCCGGCCCCGGGCGUGUUCCGGCUCUUCCUGCAGAAUGCCGCCGUGCAGGACAGCGGCACCUACAGCUGCCACGUGGAGGAGUGGCUGCCCAGCCCCGGCGGCCUGUGGUACAAGCGGGCGGAGGACACGGCCGGGCAGACGGCCGUCACAGUCACACGGCCAGAGGCCGCCCUGCAGGUGGACACGGUAGUCCCCAACGCCACGGUGACCGAGAAGGCAGCGUUCCAGCUCGACUGUAGCAUCGUGUCGCGCUCCAGCCAGGACUCCCGCUUUGCGGUGACCUGGUAUUCCCUGAGGACUAAAGCCGGGGGGAACGCGGGCAGCCCCGGCCUGGAAGAACGGGAGGACGAGGACGAGGAAGAGGAGGACGAGGACGAGGACGAGGAGGAGGACCCGACGGCGCGGACGGCCCUGCUGAGUGUGGGCGCUGAUGCUGUGUUCGGCCCCGAGGGCGGCCCCUGGGAGGGCAGGCUUCGCUUCCAGAGGCUGUCCCCCCUGCUCUACAGGCUCACGGUGCUGCAGGCAAGCCCCGGAGACACCGGCAACUACUCCUGCCGCGUGGAGGAGUGGCUGCCCAGCCCCCAGAAGGAGUGGUAUCGGCUGACGGAGGAGGAGUCGGCCCCCAUCAGCGUCCGAGUGCUGGACACUAGCUCCACCCUGCAGUCCGCCAUCUGCUCCAACGACGCGCUGUUCUACUUCGUCUUCUUCUACCCGUUCCCCAUCUUCGGCAUCCUCAUCAUCUCCAUCCUGCUGGUGCGCUUCAGGAGCCGGGGCUCCAGCAAGAACUCGGAGGGGAAGAACGGGGUGCCCCUGCUGUGGAUCAAGGAGCCGCACCUCAACUACUCGCCCACCUGCCUGGAGCCGCCCGUCCUCAGCAUCCACCCGGGAGCCAUAGACUGA